AUGAUAUUAAAUUUCUUCACCUUCACACCCCCUGGAUUUCUUACCCUCUCCCCUACAUCACAAGAUGGCCAUCUCCACCACCGCUCCAAGACCCCCAUCCUAAACCCAAACCCAAGCCCCCUCAUCGAGCCUCCGAAACCGAAGAAGAAAGAGCUGCUCGCCACCGCGCACAUCAUGAAAAACGACGUCAAGAAAGGAGGUCCACUCCCCGAUACGAUGAUUCCGAGCGUGGAGAUAGGAAGAACGAGAGAGGUGGAUAGGGGAAAGAGUGAUAAACCUGAGAAAGAAGAAAAACAAGGACUUUUCACUAAAUCAUCACCCUCGCCCGCUCCUAAAACCCUAUCUCCCACAGCAAAAGAAAUCGAAGAAUGCAAUCUCGCCGAAGCAAAAAAAGCUACACAUCGCCCAACGAGCCCGCGAAGAACGCACCAAAGAGAACAAGAGAGGAAAGCCCAUGCUCUCUCAGCCGAGAAAGCUCAAAAAGAGAAAGAAGAACGCGAUCGUAUUUCACGACAGAACCUCUUACUCCAGCGCGAAAAGGAAAAGGAAAAAGAGAGAGAAAAAGAAAGAGAAGAAAAUCUCCGUCGCGAAUCCAUCCGUAAAACCACCGAAGAGCGACUCGCGCGGGAGAAGAAAGAACAAGAGAGAAAUCAUACUCUCCAAAAAGAACGAGCCGAAAAAGAACUUCGAGCUCGAGAGCAAGAAAACACUCGACGCAUGCAAAAAAGAACGAGCGGAAAGAGAACAUCAAGCACAACUUGCGCGAGAAGAAAAGGCCACGUCAAGAUCGAGAACGAGAAAAAAUAG